UAUCAGCGGUUACUGUGGAAGAAAGGAGAGGUGGAGAACACUGGCCACUAUCAACGGACAUUGGGACUCGCCGUGAACAAGCGCUUUUUGAGGUGCACUGUAACCCUCUUGAGCAAUGGCAUCAAUAGAUCGAUCAAAGGGAACGUGUUGAGGCUCUGGGAAAUGGAGUCUCUAUUCGGCGGUGAGCUUAGGCUGCUGGGAGGUGGCGAGGGCUUAAAAGAGGACGGCUGUAGCGACGUGGGCUGGUCCUCCUCACCCCUCCCUGAAGACAUGUACUCCGCAUCCCACUUCACACUCAUCACCGCCUACCAGGACAUCAAGACACGGCUGGCGGGCCUGGAGAGAGAGAACAGCGGCAUUAAGAGGAAGCUCAAGAUCUACGAGAUCAAGUUCCCAAUGAUCAGUGAGUUUGGGGAGGACAGGAACUCSUACUGCAGCUUUGAGUCCAAGGAGAAUGCCCUGCUGCAGUCAGAGAACGGCAACCUGCAACAGAGAGUCAACGCCCUCACUCACGAGGCCCAGAAGAGGAAGGAGCGUGAGGAGCAGCUGGAGGAUGUGAUUCAGGCCUAUGAGAAAAUCCACAUGGAGAAGAGCAACCUCCAGAGAGACCUGGACAAAAUGACCAGUCUAGUGGAGAAACACGUAGAGCGAAUCCUAGGUCUGGAGUCUGCUCUGAGACAGAGGGACAACUCGCUACAGAAGUUCAACACCCAGCUACACAGCAAGGACAUCCAAUACCUGCAGCUGCACAGCCCAGACAAUCACAUGCUGGACUGUCCUGCGCUGACCCUACAGAACUCUCGUAGUCUAGACACUCUGUCAGACCUGAAGCUGCAGCGUCUGGAGGUGGAGCUAGAGGGGGCGCGGCACCAGGCCCAGGGGGCGUGUCAGAGGGAACAGGAAGUGAAGGCCGAGUGUGAGAGACUGCAGGAGGAGCUGAAACAAAUCCAGAACAACCACAUAGAGAGGCAGGAAAUGACAUCGUCGUGUGAGCAGUGUGAUGUGGAGUGGAUCAAGAAGGUGGGAGAUGAGCAGGUGAAUUUGGCACUAGCCUACACAGAGCUAACUGAGGAGUUGGGACGCCUGCAGAAACUGAGCUCCAAACAGAAAGAGAUCCUGAAGAAGACCUCCCAGGAGCAUCAUAGCCCGGUCCAACGCCAAUCCCACCCCCCAUCUCCCAUUCAUCACCAACGCCACUCCCCUGUGCCCCAGCGCCACUCCCCCAUCCCGCCCCAGCACCACUCCCCCAUCCCCCAGCGUCGCUCCCCAGUUCUCCAGCCACAGCGCCUCUCCCCGGACAUGCACCGACGCUCGCCCCUGCUGGAUAUCAAUGAUGGGCCCGCCUCCUACUCCUGCCGGCCAGCCAGCCACCACCUGAGGGCUAGCUUCCAGGGCCGUCGCAGCUACUCCGAGGUCGCUGACCCUUCGGCCUACCAGCGGCCGCCACGCCUCAGCCUGGACCCCGUGUCCACCCUGCCCAAGCCCCGGCCCUACAGGGAAUCCAGCUACUCCAAGCAYCAUCAGCAGCACCAGCAUGGAGGCUCCCAGCAUGGGGGGUCCCCCCACAGAGGAGGCCAGCUCCGAGGUUCCCAGUCUGGGCUGCAGAGGGCCGGCAGCGAGGUGGGCCUCCACGAAAGUUCCCGCCACUCUCGAGAGCUGCCCUUCCCCCUGUCUGAGGUCUCUCCGAGGUCUCACCUGCACUUUGAGCCCCUGCCACCCCCCACGCCUGCCCCCCAGCUGCCGCAGUCCUCUGAAGACGAGGAGGAGUGGACCUGCCCGCAUCCCAUCAGCCCCCCACGGACGCUGGGCGUGCCCAACAAUGUGUCGCCUCAUGGGGUCAUGAGGGGGCCGGCGUCCUGCUCGCCCUUCCCCAUCCCCUCCAGACCCAACACCCUGACCUGCCACCCGCCAAGUUACCUGCACACAGAGCACGCCCAGUCCUGGCCCUCCAUCAAUCUGUGGAUGGAGACAGAAGAGAGUGACAUGAGGAGCUGCCCUCUAUGCCAGCUCAUUUUCCCCAUUGGUUACCCUGACGACGCCCUCAUCAAGCACAUCGACUCGCACCUUGAGAACAGCAAGAUCUGAUCGCCAUGGCAGCACUGCACCCUCUUUUUAGUUGCUACAAUUUUUUACUUAUUGUGGAGUUAUUUUAGGUUUUGUUACGUUUUUAAGCUGGCUAGCUUUUGUUUGACAAUACUUSAGGGCUUUUUGUGGGUUUAUUAGCAUGUUUGGAAAAAUAGGUCGUUUUGGAAAUUACAUGGAUGGCGUUGAGGUUCAUGACAGACGAUUUCCUUGACAGACGCAAGAUCAGGGACAUUCCAGGCAACUUGCAGUCCAUUUGUUUUUUAUAUCUCACACUUUACCAGUACUACUUGCUGUAAAGCGUCCUGCUUUACUUUCCUKUCUACCUAUGUACAGCAAUACAGACCAACACAAUGAAUUCCUGGAAUMAUUUGGGUGACUCUAAUGGAUAGAUCCAGUCUGUUUUUUCUUCAGGGCUUUACGAUGUGCAGUCAGAGGUCAGAGUUAUGUUAUGGAGAGAGGAUGGCUGUGUUAAUUGUUAAUUGUAGAAAUGAAUUUGUCCUGCAGGGCGGGCAUGUAGUUGGCGUGACGACCUCGCUGUAGUGGAGUGGAAGGAACACAUAGGCAGUUAAMCUUUAGGCUUGUGGCCUGAUCAAAACUCUAUAUGAAUCUUAGCACCUUAAAUUAACCUAAAUGAGCCUAUAUUAAAGCAUAARCCCCCCCCCCCUAAAUUUUCCAUUUAAUGUGUAGUUUGAUAUAUCUGUUCAGUAA